CAACCAUGGAACUACCAAAGAAGCUGCCGAUGAACCGGCACGUGGUGCGUGUGUCGUCAUGGACGAAUCCAAAGAGCACUGGCAUGGACAUCGUUCAGUCGCACCCGCUCAACCAGCAACUUGAAGUGUUCCUGCCAACGGCGACCCCCUCGUCUGUUGGUGUUCUUGCUCGACAAGGCGCCUUCUACUACUCGCUUCGACUACAUCCACGAGAGUUGAUCGAGGAGUGCCUUGCCCAUCCAGAUCUACGAUACUACGCGAUUCUGCAGAAUGCACCGCAAGAUGGCGCGAAUUCGAUGGCUCUCUAUCCAAACGGCGAACUCAUUUUAAGCCUGGACCACGACACGUACACACAAUUUGGACUCAUUGGUCACCGAGCGGCGCUUCCUCCUGGCCUCAAAUCCAUGAAAUCCACCCACGGCAACUUGCAUGUGAUCGCCAUCGACGUCCACGCCCUCCAAGCAGAUUCGCCGUUCAAAUCACGUGUGUUUGCCUGUUUGGAACGCUUUGGCCCUGUCGACUUGUUCGUGUGCGCAACUCAUGCCAACGGACAAGUCCAAACAGUGUCCAUUACCCACGACUCUGCACACCGGCGGCGGCUGGAACUCAACGCCGAAAUAUAUCCGUUUGACAACAUCGUACUCCCACAACCGACGUCUUCGUUCCCGAUCGAAAACGCGGAUAGCACGACCAGCGACCCACGACACCACAUUCAAGAUGUCCACGAAUGGCUCGGGGUGAUGGCAUGCCGAAUUGAGGGACUGCUGCAACGCGCCAGUCCUGACGAGUAUGUGUCGAGCUAUCAAGUCCCAGGAGUGUCCUCCACUGAACGAAGUCGCGCCACUAGUGUCCGUUGGCGUGGUUUGAUUCCUGAAUCCUUUUGCGCCGCCGCGUUGGACUAUGCCAAGACCCAAGUGGCCGAACAGGCCGUUCCAUGGGCUGCAGUGCUGGUUUGGGGGUUCCCCGACACAUUGGCCUCGUGGUAUCAACAAGGCAAGCGGCGAGAUCACGGGUACCAGAUGGAAGGCGCCAACGGAUACACGAUAGUGUGUCUGCCAGGAGACUCGUACUGGGUCAUUCAGUCGCUUGGCGCACAGGACUCUGCCGCCUGACCUCCUCACUCCCGCCGCCGCCUCCUCUCAGGUCAACACGAUUCAUUCGUUCUCCGCCAAUUGCAAACACAUCCUGCACAAACAAAAACAUAUAUAAAGUAUUAAAGGUUUUC